AUGGAAGAAAGCACGAUAUUUUGCUCCAUAUGUUUAGGGCCUGGGAGCUGGCCCAAAGCACGACCCAAGAUAUGCAAACAUACCUUCUGUUACCUGUGCAUCAGUACAUGGGUAGAGAGACGAUCGGAAUGUCCGCUGUGUAAGAGACUGGCCAAAACACUGGUGGUUAUAAGACAGGAUGGUACAGAAUAUAAGACAUCUGUGAAAGAAAAAACAUCUAUUCAAUAUCAAAGAGAGAUUGAUGAAGAAAACAAUCUGUUUCAAGAAACGGAAGACAUAACAGUGGUAUAUGCUAGGUGUCAAGUGUGUAACUUAUCGAAAAACGAACAUUUAUUAUUGCUUUGCGACGGAGUUAUUGGGCAAAAUGUAGAUGGAAGCUCAAUUCAUUGUAAUGCUGCAUGCCACUGUUACUGCUUGCCGGAAAAACUUGACAGUGUACCAGAUGGAGACUGGUUUUGCCCUUUCUGUGCUGACGUAAGAGCCACCCAGGAAUCAGUUCACAGCAGUCGGUGUGCACGGCGAAGACAUCGAUCAUCAUUAAAUUACCAGCAGUUCAUGGAUUCCAGAGAAUCUGGGAUCUUGAAUGAGGACCGGCCAGGACCGAGUGGAGUAAAUCAGAGUUUUCGGUCAAAAUAUGUGGAUGUUUUUUAUGGCAAUGAAUUUUUAACCCAGUCGGCUUCAAACAGUGUUAAGAACGGUUCGAACGAACAUGGGAUGGAAAGCGAUUUGGAUUCUUCGCUUAAUGUUGAUUCCUCCAAAGACGAUGGUGCUGAUUGGGACAAUCAAGACGAUAUGGUUUUGGCAACAGAUUCAGAUGCGGGUUAUGAUCCUGGGGGAGUAACCAAAUCGCUAUGGUGGAAAUGGCACGAGCAUCGAAGAAAGGUGAAAAAGUCAAAAAAAGGGAAAAAAAGAAAAGGCAUACGAAAAAAAAAUGUAAAACGUCGUGGUCGAAAUGGAAGUGCUUCUGAGAAAAGUAGGAAAAAAAGCAAGUGGAGGAAAAACAUUCGGAAAACAAAGGAUAUGACUGGGACCCAGAGACGUCUAGCUAAAGCUAUAGGUUUGGAUCUUUUGACUGGUCGACGGAAAAAACGGGAAAGAAAUGAGCGGCAUUUCUCGUCAAAGUACAUUCGUCAGCGAUUGUUGAACACACCCAUACUAUCCAUCAGAAGCGGCGAUGACUUAGAUGUACCGGUUGAAACAUUGAGUUUGCAGUCGGCAGAGCAUCUUAGCGAUAAAAUAUCCAAUGAGAAGCUAAUGUAA